UCAGACCAGCGUAAACAAGACUUAGUGAUGGGAAUUUUUUGACGUCCAAAUCGAGCCAUUAAGCAUGUCCGAGGAGUGAAAGACAUCAGGCUGAUCAACAAAGAUACAUAUAUCACUGUGACUUAGGACCCCCCCCAGUCAUGCCAGCAGGGAAGAUACUAGUGGAGGUGUGCCACAAGUGUUAUCCUUGGCCCAUAUACAUAGCCUCCCUUCUGUUGGUGAUAGCACAAGGAAGUCUGCUAAAUUUUGGCUACUUGGUCCCCCACUUCCAGGGAGACUGGUUCUGGUGGUUUGUGGCUGACAUGGGCAUUACAGCUGGCUUUAUUGUCACAUUUCAUGCUGCUCACAAAUUCCACAAACGCACAAAAAAUGUGGCGCCAGGUCAAGAACCCAAACCUGAAGGACGUCUGGAAGGUGGAGAAUGGCAAGGUCUGCUACCUCUGGGUUACCUGGCCUGGCUGCUGUACUCUGGGUUCCUAGUGGCAAGGCUGGUGAUCAUCUUCAAAAACAUCGCAGGAAACUUGACAGAAGAUGUCUUCUUUGGUCCCAAUUUCCUCAAGCUGGUGAUGGCAUUCACAGGUCCCAUAUUUCUCCUGAUAGUCAUGAGCCAACAUAAUGCACAGCUUGAAACCAGAAAGCGAUAUUACAUCCAAACUCUGACCGUCAUAGUCCCCUUUGACAUAUGGGACAGCAUCGACUUCUUGGAGAUUUUAUUUUUAUACAACCACAGGUCUCCCAUGGCUCUCAACAUACCAGACUCUCUCCAGAAUAUUAUUUUGGCAUUUUCAAUGAUCAACUUGAUUUUACCGUUCUUCUGCAUCGUGGUCCUGAGUAAGAGUUACUAUGGGCACAGGAGGCAUGUGCUAUCAAAGGGAUGGCGGAUCAACUACGUAUUCCUCCAUAUUCUCCUACUAGAUGGCGCCUUUGCUGUACUCCGCUUUAUACUGUGGGCCCAGUACAAGGUGGAUAUAUCGAUAUUCCUGAUCAAGAAUAUUGUAAUGAUCGGCGUGGAGGUAAUAAAUGUAUGUGAGCUUCAGCAAGAACCAGAGGACAGGGACUUUGAUGACGUGGAUGCCGGAAAUAUGGACAUGGUCGAGGUUGUCAUGGAGAGAGAUAAUGCAUACAUUAAUGGGGGCAUGGAAAAUGGUAACCACGGAAAUGGUAACCAGGGAAACAGAGAUAACAGUGUUACAGCACUCUGACUCCUGUUUGCUUUUGAUGGGAGUAUUGACCUGUGUGCCUUUUUAUAGCAUGUUCCUUCAUCAGUUAGCCUUGUUUUGUAAUAAGUUAUAAAUUUUAACUUGUUAUGAGCAUAAUUAUUAAUUGUCAAAGUGUUUGUUUAUCGAGAAAUCCAAAUUGUUGAAGAAAGAUGUGGAUGAUAACACUACAUUUUGUAUUUUGAUAUUGUAUAAUUGUUCAGACUUAUUGUACAGCCCAGCUUGUUCAGCUUUUUUACUAUUCAGUAAGAGGUAAUUGUAUCUCAGUUGGCUUUUGAUAUUUUUCACACUACAAUUUAGUUAUUGUGAACCAUCUUUAUUUGAUGGCAUAAUGUUCUAGUAUUUUCCCAUACACCAGAUGAUAGGAAUGUUUUGACAGCAUUUUAGAUUUGUGAAAAGUGAUUUAGGAAAUUGCUCUUGUAUUUUGUGGCACUGGCAUUUUUUUUUUUUUU